ACAUAACUGUAAAAAUGUCUCAUUUUGUCGUGUUUUUUUUUUAGGAGAAAGGAGGGAUCAUCUCAUUUUUUUUAUUUUUUUUUUCUCUUAUCUUCAUCAACGUGACCCAUCAUCAUCAUCAUCACCCCAAACGCCCGCCACCCCAUCGCCAUGCUGUCCAACGCCGUCCCCAACGCCACAUUCAAAGGCCCCGCCGACUCUACAGGAAGCAGAAUGCGAGACAACGCGGUACGGGACUUGGACCUGAUGACGGACCAGGCUAACUGCACCUCGUCUGCGCACGCCAAGCUAGCACGGAAGCGGAAGCAACUUCCUGUAGAAAGCUGCAUUUCCUUCAACAACGAGGGCGCCAGGCUGGCACCGCCUUCGUCCUACAACGGCGACGUGGGCGGGCACAGAGACGGGACGUCCGACGCCAAGGCGGAGAGGACGGAAGUGAAGAACGGGGUCCUCAGGGAGCCUUGGUCGUCUUCAUCACUAUCCUCCUCUUCCUCCUCCUGCCGAGCAGAGGACCACACCCAGGACCAGAGUCCCUCUCAGGGAGACAGACUCCGGCAGGACGGCGAGCGGGACAACCGGGUGACGCCGCACCAGAAGCGAGGGAGACGGAAACUGGAGCGCCCGACUAAAUAUGUGGAGCACACAGACGAGGACGGGAGUGAAGAGAUGAAAAUGGAGGGAGGUGGUGAGAGGCUGCGAGGGGGCGUGGCCUGGGAAGUCAGCCUUCGCCAGAGGCCCGUGCCCAGAGUUACCUUCCAGGCUGGCGACCCUUAUUACAUUAGCAAGCGGACCAGAGAGGAGUGGCUGGCCAAGUGGAAGAUGGAGGCAGAGAAAAAGUCCAAACUGAUGCCAGCGAUGGACUCGACCAACAACCCCGAGGAGGAGAAGGAGGAAGAAGAGACGCAGAAACAGGAAGUCUCCCCAAGUCCGUGUUCGCCAUCCCCCAGACCGCCGCAGUCGCACAGUCCGCCUCAGCGUCCGUCGCCGUCACAGCCGUCACCACAACAACAACAUCAGCAACAGCCUACUGACCCCGCCUCCCCCACCGUAGCCACCGCCCCCGAGCCCGCCUCCAUCACAGGUGGCGACAAGACUUCCCCCAAGUCCGGAGACACUGAACCCGAGUACGAGGACGAUCGGGGUUUCGGCAUCGGAGAUCUGAUCUGGGGGAAGCUGCGAGGGUUCUCGUGGUGGCCGGGACGCAUCGUGUCCUGGUGGAUGACGGGGCGCAGCAGGGCCGUGGAGGGGACCAGAUGGGUCAUGUGGUUCGGGGACGGGAAAUUCUCAGUGGUUUGUGUUGAGAAACUCUUGCCUUUCAGUUCCUUCAACAUGGCCUUCCACCAGGCGACCUACAGCAAGCAGCCCAUGUACAGGAAGGCCAUCUACGAGGUGCUCCAGGCGGCGGGCAGCCGAGCGGGCAAGAAGUUCGCCGCGUGUCCCGACAGCGAGGAGACGGAGACGUCCAAGUCUGUGGAGGUCCUGAACAAGGAGAUGAUCGCUUGGGCUUUGGCGGGAUUCCAGCCCGCAGGACCCAAAGGUUUGGAGCCGCCGGAAGAGGAGCGUAACCCGUACAAGGAGGUCUACACGGAAAUGUGGGCGGAGCCUGAAGCGGCGGCCUACACGCCCCCGCCGGCUAAAAGGCCUCGCAAAAGCACGUCGGAGAAACCCAAGAACAAGGACGUGGUCGACGAAAGGACGCGAGAGCGACUCAUUCACGACGUGAGACAGAAGAUCCACAACAUCGAGGACAUUUGUAUCUCCUGUGGAAGUCUGCACGUGAGCAUCGAACACCCGCUCUUUGCCGGAGGAAUGUGCCUGGGCUGCAAGAACUGCUUCCUGGAGUGUGCUUACCAGUACGACGACGAUGGCUACCAGUCCUACUGCACCAUCUGCUGCGGCGGGCGUGAGGUGCUCAUGUGCGGGAACAACAACUGCUGCCGGUGUUUCUGCGUGGAGUGCAUCAACCUCCUGGUGGGUCAAGGGGCGGCCCACGCCGCCAUCAACGAGGACCCCUGGAACUGCUUCAUGUGCGGCCAGAAGGGGGCGUACGGCCUGCUGCUGCGCCGCACAGACUGGCCCUGCCGUCUCCAGCACUUCUUCGCCAACAACCACGACCAGAAUUUUGAAUCGCCAAAGCUGUACGCCCCGGUGGUGGUGGAGAAGAGGAAGCCCAUUCGGGUGUUGUCGCUAUUUGACGGCAUUGCAACAGGGCUGCUGGUGCUGCGAGACCUGGGCAUCGAGGUGGGACGCUACGUGGCCUCGGAGGUGUGCGAGGACUCCAUCACGGUGGGCAUCGUCCGCCAUCAAGGUCGCAUCAUGUACGUGGGCGACGUGAGGACCGUGACACGCAAACACAUACAAGAGUGGGGUCCUUUUGACCUGGUGAUCGGAGGAAGUCCUUGCAAUGACCUCUCUAUCGUCAACCCUGCCAGGAAAGGCCUUUAUGAGGGAACCGGGCGCCUGUUUUUCGAGUUCUACAGACUGCUGCACGAGGCUCGGCCCAAGACGGGCGAAGAGCGACCUUUCUUCUGGCUCUUUGAGAACGUGGUGGCCAUGGGCGUCAGUGACAAGAGGGACAUAUCCCGCUUUCUAGAGUGCAACCCGGUGAUGAUCGACGCCAAGGAGGUGUCGGCCGCUCACCGCGCUCGCUACUUCUGGGGGAACCUCCCCGGCAUGAACAGGCCUCUGACGGCCAUGUGCAGUGACAGGUUGGACCUGCAGGACUGUUUGGAACACGGGAGAACCGCUAAGUUUGACAAGGUGAGGACCAUCACCACCAGGUCCAACUCUGUCAAGCAGGGCAAGGACCAGCACUUCCCUGUCUUCAUGAACGACAAGGAGGACAUCUUGUGGUGCACCGAGAUGGAGAGGGUGUUUGGCUUCCCAGUCCACUACACAGACGUGUCCAACAUGAGCAGGCUGGCCCGCCAGAGGCUGCUGGGUCGCUCCUGGAGUGUUCCUGUCAUCAGACACCUCUUUGCUCCACUCAAAGAUUACUUUGCCUGCCUGUGAGCGACACGAGCGCUCACUCGCACACUUUUUCUUUUCUUUCUUCUCUCAACUUCAACUGUAAGUGGAGCCUCAGAUGAUCAUUUACUCUAUUUAAUGUUGUCUAGCAGUGUUAAGACUAUGCCUUCUUCUCAUGACACCUGUUGGCCAGCGUCGCAAGGCACACAGCAGCGGAUCACAAAUACCUCUUUGCUUACUGUUAGUACACAGGUGAAGCUAAUAAGACGGUGCUAGUAGUACUACUGUAACACCAUGCUGGUGACAUCAUCCACAUGCAGCUCUUGAGCCUUUCCCACUGGUGCUCUUGAACCUCUCACUUGAAGAUAACAUCUACUUUUUGCACAUGCUAAC